UCCUUUCUCUUCUUCCUCCCCCCAACCCGUCCCAUCAUCUUCGCUCUUCUCCAUUCAUCUGGCGCCAUCUCUCUUUUCGCCCUAAUUAGGUGGUCAACCUUUGGUCUUUCUCUCCCACUACUGCUUCCUUCUACCUCUCCUCCUCCCUCACCUCCCUUUGCUGGUUUUGCCUCGCCCGGGGUCCCAGCUACCCCGCUGCCACCAUGACCAUCUACAUUGCUUCGUUAUUCCUGCCCUACACGGUCAACUUUCAUGUCAGCGACCCCCAGACACGUCGCGCGGAGGGGACCACCCCCCAAUCAGCCAACCCCGCCGAAACUGCCACUGCUCCUACCCCCAAUGUGGCUCUGAGCUUGUUCGAAAGAAACAAUAACGACCCAAACGUUGGCCUCACGCCGGGCGCCACCACCGAACACGAACGGAUCUUCGCAGCAGACAUCUCUAAGGCGGAGCAAGAACACUCCGAGUAUCCGUUCCCCCCCAAAGCAGAUGGCGAUGCGAACCUCUUGACGGAGAGUGAGGCUCACUCCCCAGCGUGGGGCUCGACGUUAGCUUUAAACCAACCUCGACCGCGCGCGGCAUUUCCGGCCUCUCCCUCCAUCCUCAGGCACCAAGACCUCACUACGCCAGGCGUAGAGCCGUCAAAGGAGAAGGCAAAGCCGGUCCCCAAGCAGCCAAUUGCGCAUGUUCAGGAUCAUUGGGGAGGUCACAGCCGCAAAAGCUCAUUUUCGUACGCCGAAUGGACUAUCGAGACGGCCGAACAGGGCAAUGGAGGCCUGCGCAAUGCCGUGCGAUCGGCUACGGACGCCGGACAAUUGGAAGACAAGGCCUGGGUGGGUACCUUGGGAAUGCCCACUGAUGCCCUACCAGAACACACUAAGGAGGCGAUCGCCGAGAAGCUGGAAGAUGAAUAUGGAUCUUUGACCGUUUACGUCAGUGACGGUGACUUUGAUGGUCACUACACGCAUUUUUGCAAGACGAUCCUCUGGCCGGUGUUCCACUACCAAAUCCCGGAUAACCCCAAGAGCAAGGCUUACGAAGAUCAUUCAUGGAUUUACUACGUCAAGACUAACCAGGCUUUUGCCGAGCGUAUUGCGCGGAACUGGAAGCGUGGGGAUUCCAUUUGGGUGCAGGACUACCACCUGCUGCUCGUGCCGGCCAUGCUGCGGAAACUGCUUCCGGACGCGCAGAUCGGCUUCUUCCUGCAUAUUGCCUUCCCUUCGUCGGAAGUGUUCCGGUGCCUGGCGCCUCGCAAGGAGCUUCUCGAAGGAAUGCUGGGCGCCAACCUGGUAGGGUUCCAGACGGACGAGUACUGUCGCCACUUUCUCCAGACGUGUAGCCGGAUCCUCUGCGUGGAAGCCACCAAUGAUGGGCUCCAACUGGAGGAUCGGUUUGUCAACGUGAGCAAGUUCUCCAUCGGCAUCGAUCCAACAUCCUGGGACCAACGCCGGCAGGCUGCCGACGUGGAACGAUGGAUCAAGACUAUCUCGGAUCGCUACGAGGGGAAGCGGCUCAUCGUGUCGCGGGACAAGAUCGACCAGGUGCGCGGAAUCCGGCAGAAAUUGCUGAGCUACGAACUUUUCCUGAACACAUAUCCCGAAUGGCGGGACCAGGUGGUGUUGAUUCAAGUGGCGACCAGCACUACUGAACAGCCCGAGCUGGAGGCGACAAUCUCCGACAUCGCGAUGCGGAUUAACUCCACUCACUCCACACUUGCUCAUCAGCCCUUGGUUUUCUUGAAGCAAGAUUUGGCCUUCCCCCAGUACCUCGCCUUGAUCUCCGUGGCGGAUGCUCUGAUCAUCACCAGCUUGCGUGAAGGCAUGAACCUGACCAGUCAUGAGUUUGUCUACUGUCAAGACGGUAAAUGGGGCAACAAGAAGUACGGGUCUCUUAUUCUGAGCGAGUUCACGGGCAGCGCAUCCGUGUUCGGUGAUCAUGCGCUGCUGGUCAACCCCUGGGACUACCGUCAAUGUGCCGAGGCCAUCCAUACCGCGUUGUCGAGGGAUGAAAACGAGCGCCAGGAAGUGUGGAUGAAACUACACCAGGCGGUGCUGCAAAAUUCCACCCACAACUGGGUCAAGUCCUUUAGUGAGACUUUGAGCCGGGUCUGGAACGAACAGUCAUCGCGAGAAAUCAUGGCCGUUCCCCGGCUGCAGGUGAACAAAUUGGAGGAGAUGUACCGUCGAUCGUCGCGUCGGCUGAUCAUCGUGGACUACGAAGGCACGCUCGCCUCCUGGGGCUCGCCGAAGAGUAUCAUUGUCACGACACCGCAGCGCGCGAUCACCACGCUGGCCGAACUGACCGAGGAUCCGAACAAUGUGGUGUACGUCAUGAGCGCGAGGAUGCCCGAGGAGAUGGAGCGACUGUUCCGCCUGGUCAGCGGCCUGGGCCUGAUUGCUGAGAACGGGUGCUUUGUGCGCGAGCCGCACUCGGAGACCUGGCUGAAGCUGACGGACAAGGUCCAGACGGAUGCGUGGAAGGCGGCGGUGCUCCACAUCUUGGAGUACUAUCAGGAGCGUGCAGAGGGAAGCUGGGUCGAACAGCGGCACUGCUCGCUCAUGUUCCACUACGAAUCGGCCGAGGACCAGGUGGCGGCGUCACGGCUGGCAUCGGAGUGUGCAGGACACAUCAAUGAUGCCUGCAUGAACCAAGGGGUGCAUGCUGUCCCCGUGGAGCGGGCGCUGGUGGUGGAGCCGGCGGGCAUCAACAAGGCGUCGGCGGCGGAAGUGGCGUGGCGCUCGUGUCUCAAACAGAGCCAGCGAGAUGAGAGUGUCGGACGCCCGGACUUCCUGCUGGCUAUCGGGGAUGGUCGCGAUGACGAGUCGGUGUUUCGGUGGGCCAACAAGCUGGCCAGUGCGGGGGCCGUCAACUACACCAUGACCGUCACGCUCGGUUCUCGGAGUACGGAGGCGAAGGCGACCCUGACCCAGGGAGUGACAGGAGUUCUGUCGUGUCUGGAGAAGCUGGCUGCAUCCCACAGCGGCCCGUGAGACGUACAAGAAUGACCAAGACUGGGCGGAAGAAGCCUAUCCUACGAGGACAUGAAGCAUGAAUGCAUCUCUACAUAGUGUGAAUUUCGGCAUACGUACUACACCGUUACAUGACCCCCAAAAGCAAGCAGACUGGCGCGCGGACUGGAUUUAUGGAUUUAGAGAACGGCGGGAGUUCGGAGGAAGUCAUUGCAGAGAGAGAAGAGGGGGCACAUAGACGAGGCCAUAAUACCACCAGAAACUCUCCUAUUCCUA